AUGGCGCCCUCGGGCCCGGGCGGCGUGCGGCGGCGGUGCCGGCGGGUGCUCUACUGGAUCCCGGUGGUUUUCAUCAGCCUGCUGCUGGGCUGGUCCUACUACGCCUACGCUAUCCAGCUGUGCAUAGUGUCCAUGGAAAACAUUGGUGAACAAGUUGUGAGCCUCAUGGCUUAUCAUCUGCUUUUUGCAAUGUUUGUUUGGUCAUACUGGAAAACCAUUUUUACACUGCCCAUGAAUCCUUCAAAAGAAUUCCAUCUCUCUUAUGCAGAGAAAGAACUGCUGGAGAGAGAGCCGAGAGGAGAAGCCCAUCAGGAAGUUCUGAGGCGAGCAGCCAAAGACCUUCCCAUCUAUACCCGGACCAUGUCCGGAGCAAUCCGGUAUUGUGACAGAUGCCAACUUAUAAAACCAGACCGCUGCCAUCACUGUUCCGUCUGUGAUAAAUGUAUUUUGAAGAUGGACCAUCAUUGCCCAUGGGUGAACAAUUGCGUUGGAUUUUCAAAUUACAAAUUUUUCCUCCUUUUCUUGGCGUAUUCUCUGCUGUACUGCCUUUUUAUUGCUGCUACAGAUUUACAGUAUUUUAUCAGAUUUUGGACAAAUGGUCUGCCCGAUACGCAAGCCAAGUUCCAUAUUAUGUUCUUAUUCUUCGCUGCAGCCAUGUUCUCAGUCAGCUUGUCUUCUCUGUUUGGUUAUCAUUGUUGGCUAGUCAGCAAAAAUAAAUCUACAUUAGAGGCAUUCAGAAAUCCAGUAUUUAGACAUGGGACAGAUAAGAAUGGAUUCAGCCUGGGUUUCAGUAAAAACAUGCGGCAAGUUUUUGGUGAUGAGAAGAAGUACUGGCUGCUACCAGUAUUUUCAAGUCAAGGUGAUGGCUGCUCCUUUCCAACUUGCCUUGUUAACCAGGAUCCUGAACAACCGUCCACUCCUGCGGGACUAAAUUCAACAGCUAAAAAUCCUGAAAACCAUCAGUUCCCUGCAAAGCCAUUGAGAGAGUCCCAGAGCCACCUCCUUACGGAUUCUCAGACCUGGACUGAGAGCAGCUCAAACCCUGGAAAAGGCAAAGCCGGUAUGAGCAACCCUGCAUUAACUAUGGAGAAUGAAACCUAACUCUACAAUCAAAAAUGAAAUCACUUUUAUAAAGUACCAAUGCUGUAGAAGGAUGGAACAGGCUUCCCACAGGAAGGCACUGUUGGCCAAUUGUCCCUACAACCCUUUGGUUAAAUAUGCAAAUUUUUUGUCAGUGAUGGGGAUCAAACCCAGCAGUAUGAAGAAGAAUUUUGAGUACAAUUUUAUCACCAAACGGAUGCUUACAGCAGAACACAGUUCAGUCCAAUAUAUAAACUGCUAUAAUUAACACAAAUUCCUUUAAAAGCAAUUAAAAAGGAACUAUUUUCUGCCAAAAACUGAGAAAAACUUCAUGGGCCAGUUUUCAUUCAGAUAUUUGGGUUGUACAAUUUAUCACAUAAUCCCAUUAGUUAUUUGAUAUUCUCUUUCAUAAAAUUUAGAUUAAUCUUCAAAUUUGAAAAUUUUCAAGUCACAUUCCAAUGCUAAGCUGUAUUCAGAAGCAGGUAAGAAAUUGUCCUUCUAUGAUUUUUCCCCACUGAUGUUAAUCUGGCUUCAGAUAAGGGAACUGCAGUAAGUAUGAAUUCAUUAUGAAAGUCAAGCAGCCUACAGCUGAAGGUCACCAUUUUUUGUGAAAGGCUUUAAUUCUAAUGCUAGACUUUGUCUCCCGUUGGAAAAUAGGUAUAAACACCGAAGCUUGAGUUCACUGUUCAAAGCAAUUGGAUAAAAACCUUUGUCAGAGCUAAUAUAGUGCUUUGACAAAGAACUUACAUUAGAAAUUUAUUUUUAUCUUUUAAUUUGACAUCAGAGGGGAUUUAUGAAGUUUGCUUAGUAACACUCUUUUGUUGGUUUGGAUAUUAUAAAAAUCUGUUUUCUUAACUGCUUGUACUAUUUUGUGGUGAAAUUACUGAGUUCUAAGCAUUCCUGAUGGAUCAAUGAAUUAUUCCUCUACUUACAUCUGUAACAUCUCUGUGUCCUGUCAUCAAAACUAUAAUUGCCAGUAUAUAUUUUUCCUCAAAUACCUAUCAAGAUUAAAUUAUGCAAACCAUUUAAAAAAUCAUAUACUUUUGGAAGUUUAGCUAACUGUAAACUAAACAGUGUGCUGUUUGGAAAUGUAGUUUCAGGUAAACUAAAAUAAUGUGUUUGUUGAUGCCAAAAUGUUUGGCCUCAGUAAAUAAACUCAGAAGCUUUUGUGCCUUGUAUGCACUAUUUGCAGAGAGAAAACAUCUCAUUAAAAAAAAAAAAAAACUCAGAAGUUUUAUAAAUUAACCAUUAGGAUGGUGAGCUGUGUGGUUUCUUUGGUACUAAUUCUGAGGAUUUCAAAUAGAUUGGCUUUUAAAAAACAGGAUUCGCUAUAAACUAAAAGCCCAGAAGAUAAAAGAAAAAGGAAAGAUCUUUGCAAUUCUUCAUCCUUGCUAAAACAUUCUAGAGUUUUAUGUUAAAUGUGCAUAAGGAAGAACGGACAUCACCCCACUCCAUUCUGUGGUUCGCUUGGGUGCCCUUCCGUGAAAGAGCGUGACAGUCACAAUCAUGUAGUUUGAGCUAGAGAGUUUAAUCUGACAAUCCACUUCAAAAGUCUCAGAGGAUUAGAUAUGCUUUCCCCAGUGUCUUCAAGCAUGUUUUGGUCAUUUAUCAUUACCUGAAGUGCCAGACUGGAGCCCAUAGCUCCUGCUAGAAGUCUUUUGGGCAGCAGCAUGUGGUGUGUUAGAAGAUCUAUGCAGCAGGUUUUUCUGAGAGCACAUGGCUCCCUUAUCCGUUUCCCAGGACAGGAUUCUGUUAGGCAUUUCCUUUUGUCAAACUGGAAGCUGGUGGGGAUGGGGGAGGGUUUACAUUUUACCCUGCUAGAAUACUGUUAUUUCUCCUCUCUUUGGGUCAUUUCUGUAUGUAUUUAAAUACCUAAGUCCAUACACCUUCGAGUCAAAUUGGAAAAGAAUUUAAAAAAAUAAAUUUUUUCAUUAUGUUGUAAUGGUUA